AUGACCUCCCCUUCAUCUGCGGUGCGUUCAGAUCUUCAAGAAUCAGUUUCUGCUAUUUUUGAUGAUUCUUGGGGAUCUGAACGCACCGCAGAUGAAGGGGAGGUCAUGUUCGUAGUGUCUGUGAUGCUAGAGCAACUAGGGAGGAGAGAGAGAGCGAUUGAGGCGCAAGGAAUUAACCGAUUACCUUUGCUGCAGGGCACCCAGCAUUGA